AAUUUUUAGUCAUUCAAUGUCAAAAUGGCUGCCCUGAAAGUUGGUAAACAUCUGAAGGAACUUCGUUUCCACGUUUGUCUGAAAUCCCCUGCAAGUCAAGGGUUAAGGGAGUUCUUGGAACAGAGUUAUGUACCUUUCAAGCAACAAAAUCCCAAGUUCCCUUUCCUCGUCCGUGAAUGCAGCAAUGUACAGCCCAAGGUUUAUGCUAGAUACGAAUUUGGCAGAGAGUCCAGCCUCCCAUUGUCCAACAUGAACACAGGACAGAUCAUGAAAGCUGUUGAAAGUUUAAUGAGCAGAGUGCACUAAUAGCCCUCUUCUGAUGUACAUAAAGAUUUUCACCCAUGGUGGAGUGCCAUCAUUGUUUCAAAGGACAGUGACAGACAAGCUGUAGAUAGUAGAUGAGAUCAACAAGGAUUGAAGACUGAUUGUUGUUGUUUUUUAUAUUAGAGUGGUUUAUCUUUCUUAGCCGCCCACUAAAUAUGUGUGGUCUGGAAGGUCAGUCCAAGUGAAUGGUAUCCCAACUAGUUCGUUUUAAUAGAUACAUGGAACUUUUUUUGUAGUCAACUACCAUAAGUGAUGGUUUAUUAAGGAGCAGUUGUGACCACUCAUGCAUCGCAGUCACAGUGUCUUAUCAAACUUGUCUUGUUUCAGCCUGUUUUAUGGUAGUGGUAGUAGCUUGAGCAGAAUGCCUGUUGGGAAACAUGUUGAAUUUGAAUUGGAUCUUUUGAGUGCAGCAAGAUUAGUUUGUCCAGUGAUCUGAGCGCUGCUUGAAAGGAUCAUCCAGUGUCUGUUCUUGUUUGUGUGUGUACAAAAUAAAGUCUGAAGGUAUUAAAAUUGU